AUGUUAUUGGUCAUUCUCACAUUACAAUAAUCUAGAGGCGAAUUUUAAAGUCAAUUUUGGGAUAGUGGAUCAAAUUAAAGUAUGAAUAGUCUUUAGAAUAGUUUUAAAUAAGUUAUGGUGGGAUACUACGUGUAGUUGCUGCUCAUUUUAACUUGAAUAAUGCGGUAUAAAAACUAUUUUGGCAACUAAUUAAUGCUCUGUUGCAGAUUAUAAUAUUAUAGUUUUCAAAACAUUCUAGAUAAAGCCUCAUUACAAGAUUACAUUGUCAUUUAAUUUUUGGAGGUAGUACAAGUUAAAUAAUUUUAGAAUUGAUUAAUGGGAUAAUUAUGAGUUCUAUGUAUAUUUAGAAUAUUAAAUUGUACACUAAAGUCAAUACUCUCAUAGUACAAGUAAUUCAAAUAUUUGUGGAAAUCCAGGCUAUAAUGAUGAAGUAUAUCCAAUAUCAAUUACUAUUCCACAUAUUAUGCCUGCUCUGACAGUUAUUUUUACUGCAUAAAGAGGUAUUUGGGGAAUAUCAGAUAUGACUUUAGAAGCAAAGUUAUGUCCUGAAGGUUGUUAAUCAUGUAAUGAAUAUGGAUGUUUUGAUUAAUACCUUCAUUUUAUUUCAAUGAAUGGAAUGUUAUAAAAUUCACUUAGAACAAAUGAAUGUUGGCUAACAAAUAAUGCAAUUUAAACUACUAUCAUUACUUAUCUCUGUAAUUUUAUUUAAUUUACUUAGAAUCUCGUUAUCUUCAGACAUAAGGAAAUCAUUUAGUGAACAUAAUCAAUUUAAAUCAUCAUUAAGCAAUAAGUUUACAAAUAAAAUUAUUAAUCUAUAAUUCCAAUCCAACCGAAAUUAAAAUAGCUAUUGACGAUUUAAUAGUACUAAGAAACUAAUAUACAGGAGGUUGGAUAAAAUAUCCCUAUGGUUUUGGAUAUAGAUCCAUAAAAUUAAUUAGCAUACAUUAAUAUCCUCACAUUAAUAGUUAAGCUAAAAUAACUAUUAAAAUAGAAUGGACAUAAAAGGAACCCACUUGGUAAAUAUUUUUUGGAAUCAGAGAUUUUCAGUUAUUUUUAAAAUCUCAACUUUUUGAGUUUACUUGUAAAGAUGAUAAUUUGAUUCCAUUUGAUGGAUGCUUUUAAUAAUAUUAUGAUUGUGUAGAUGGUUGUAGUAGUUGUAUUAGAGGAUUAUGCUUAGAUUGUAAAUAAGGUUGGGAUUGGGUUGAAAAUGAUUAAAAUUGUGUUCCAAUCUGCGGAGAUUUAUAAAUUACUUAAUUUGAAGAAUGUGAUGAUGGGAAUAACAUUCCGUAUGAUGGUUGUCAUUUAUGUAAAUAUUCUUGUCCUUUGAAUUGUGAAAUUUGUUAAUUUGGUGAAUGUUUGAAAUGUAAAAUGAAAUAUUAAAUAAGUUUAAAUAAAAAAUAAUGUUAACCAUUUUGCUCUAAUGGAAUAUAAAUUAAUUAUGAUAUUUUUGAUAAAUAAAGUAACAAUUAAUUGGAAAGAAUCAAUAUUUGCUAGUAAAGAUGUUCAAUAGAAUGCAAUUUGUGUAUAGAUGAUAAAUGUCUACAAUGUAAUGAUGGAUGGUAACUUUAAGAUAAUAAAUGCCAUUAAGUUUGUGGAGAUGGACUAAUUGCUAUUAAUUCAAUAGAGGUAUGUGAUGAUGGAAAUUAUAAUGAUGGUGAUGGUUGCUAUUAAUGCUAAUUUGAAUGUAUACCCUAUUGUUUCUCAUGUUCAGAUUAAUCAAUUUGUUUAACAUGCAUACAAUUUUUCAUUUUAGUAAAUGAUUAAUGCCUUCCAAAAUGUGGAGAUGGUAUUUUAAUAACUGGUUUAGAAGAGUGUGAAGAUGAUAAUGAUUAACCUUAUGAUGGAUGUUAUUAAUGUAAAUUCUCAUGCAUUCAAAAUUGUGAUAUUUGUCAUUUAGGAUUAUGCAAAAAAUGCAACACUGGAUAUUAAUUUUAUGAUCAUAUUUGUGUAAUUUUAGAUGAAAAUCUAGAAGAUAUUGAAAAUUUAUUCAAUAAUACAUAAAUACAAUCUUUAGAGUUUUGUGGAGAUGGGAUUUUAUCAGAAAAAGAAUAAUGUGAUGAUUUAAAUUAAUUGAAUUUUGAUGGAUGUUCAGAAUCUUGCCAAAUUGAAAGUUCAUGGAAUUGCAAUCCUUCAUAACCUAGUAUUUGCCAUCCAUAAACUAAAUUUAAUCUAUCUUAUUUAAAUAAUACUUAAUAAAUUUAAUAUGUUUAAUUGUCAUUUACAAAUUAAUUAAUUUUCAACAAUAAUAUUGAAAAUUAUUCAACAUUUAUUUAUGAAAUUCAAAAUUGUACAUCAGAUCAAUAUAGUUUUGAAAUUAUCAAAGUAUAUGAAAUUUAACAAUUUAAUUAUUUAGAUCUAUCCUAUGUAUUAGAAAUUAAAUUUUUUAAUUCACUAGAUUCUUAACCAAUUUUAAAGGUUUCAUUAUUCGGUGAUAUAAUCGAUAUUCACUAUUUUUAAGUUUUUAAGAGUGAACAGAAGAUUGCACUUUAACCCCCAAGAAUAUUAUCUGAAUCAUAGAUAUAAACAGCAAUUAAUCUUAAAAAUUUUAAUUUUUGGAUAUUGAUUGGAUUGUGUGUUUGUGCAUUUAUUAUGAUUAUAUUAGGGGAUUUUUAACAAUUUAUGGAAAUUUUAGAUAUACUAUAAUUUUAAUCAUUCUUAAAAUUUUUAAAUGUACCAUUCCCCCAAAAUGUUGAAAUCUAUUUUGAAUCAUCGAAUUUUGUAACUAUUAAGCCUCUAUUCAAUAAAAUAUAAUUACAAUAUAUAUUCGAUAAUAUAUUUACUGCUUAUCAUUGUGACGGUAUUGGAAAAUUUAAAUAUUAUAAUAUUAACGCAGAUCUAUUAAAUAAUAUUUAUGGACUUAUCUCUCAAAUUAUGCUAAUAUUUAUCAUAGAUAUAUUUCUAAGAUAUUUAAAAAGACAGUAUUACUAAUCUCACAAUUUAUUAAGAAUUUUAAACUAUUUAAGCUAAAAAAAAUCAAAAAUAUAUCAAAAGAUAUCGACAUUGAUUUGUAAUUUGACUAAAACCAUAAUGCAAUAACCAUUAAUAUUUAAUAGAAAAUUUUUAUUAUAUUUGAUUUUAGCUAAUAGUUGGGAUAUAUUAUUCAAAAUUUUAUUAUUUUUGUUUUCUUGCUAGGAAUAAACUAUAAGAUCUCUUUUUUCCUAUAGUUUCAGUAUUGGAUAUUUAAUUUUCAUCAUUUUAACUUUAAUACAAUAGUUUAGAAGAUAAAAUUUUAAUUUAAUAUUGAGAGUUUUAAGAAAUAAAUAGCAUUAAGCAAUUUUGUUAUUUAAAAAACUUAUUUUUCUUAUGAUUCUCAUAGGAAUAUAAGAUCAGCCUAUAACUUAGUGUAUUCUAUUAUCAGUUUUGUUGUUUACAUAUUUAAGUUUCAUCAACACAGUUGAGUUUAUAUAUUCUGAUGCUGAAUUGAUGAAUAUAAUGUGUUAGGAUGUUUCUGUAAUGUUAUUUACCUUAUUAAGUUUAGCCUUUUGUACUGAAUUUUAUAGAUAUUUAACAGCUAAUUAAUAUUUUAUUUUAGGCUUCAUAUAGAUUGGAUUAUUAAUGAUAGGAUUAACAGGUCCUCUAAUUAAAUGUGCAAUGAGAUUUUAUAAAAAAGUUCAAGCUUAUAUUGAAAACAGAAAAGAAGUUUAGAAAUUAAAUGAAGAACGGUAAACUGCAAAUCCAAACAUUCUAACUGAGCUAAAGUAUUGA